AUGGACGCAAUGUGGCAGGUUAUAAACUACGGAUGGCUUUUUAUAUCGGUGGUAGCACAGAUUUUGAGGCUAGGGUUGUGCACUUUGGUGGUGAUGUUGCUGGGACCUCUGGCUGCGUUGUACGUGUACGAUGUGGGUCUGUAUACGUGGAGAGUGGUGUUGAACCGGGGGAACCAUGUCGGCCCCGGCUUUGGGCCCGACCAGAGGGCGCUGGAAGAUCCACGGGUGUGUGAGGGCGAGGGCGAGGGCGAGAACGAGAACGAGGAACAGGAGGCCUGUUUCGACACAGGCUCUGCUGCCAAGCCUGCAUCCAGUGCUGUGCCCGCCCACGAGGCGUCAAACUCGCCUUACAGCAGCGACACGGACUGGGACUCGAUCACAGCCACGUCGCCUGCGGAGUUUGGGAACAAUGGCGAGCGCGAGGACCAUUCCGAAAAACCCUCCGAAAACGGGGCAGGCCCCGUAGAUCUCGCGUCCCGGGCCCAGCCACGCUUUGGCGGGAUCCAGGGCUCUUUCACCAAGCUUUCAGACUUCAUCACAGUAACUAUCUCGGCGGGCGCGGGCGACUCCGCCGCGACAGUCGAAAACUACGAGCGCGAGGUGAAACUCGUUUCAGGCCGGUCCUGA